AAUGGAGGCGAGCAGCCACAUGUACACUCAUUGUGUGCUGUGCUCUGCUGUGGUGUGUCCCUCUCCGCUCCCCCAACCCAAGCGCCCUCUCGCCAACAACAACCCGCCGCCGCCGCCGCCGCCUCCUCCUCCUGUUCAGCACUCUCCGUUCCGCCAGCAUGAAGCGCCUGCUCCGUCGGCUCUCCCGCGUGGCCGCGGCGGACGCCUGCGCCGCCGCCGCCUCCGCCGGCGCGUACCAGCCGCUCUCCAAGGCCGCCGCGUCGGUUUCCGGCGCGCGGCUCCUGGGCGGCGGCGCGCGCGUCCCCGAGGGCCACGUCCCCGUCUGCGUCGGCGAGGAGGGCGGCCCCGUGGAGCGCUACGCCGUGCGCGCCGAGCUCCUCGGCCGCCCGGCCUUCGCGGCGCUCCUACGCCGCGCCGCGCAGGAGUACGGGUACGGCCACCCCGGCGCGCUCCGCAUCCCCUGCGCCGUCGCCGACUUCCGCGACCUCCUCAUCCAGCUCUCCUCCUCCACCGCCGCCGACUACGCCGACGACGAGGCGGCGGUCUACUACUACUAGACGCCGCCGCAUCGGCGGCACCCCCCGCCGCCCCUUGCCGUCCGUGGGGGGAUGUUCGCGGAGGGCGUAAUUGAGAUUUGGCCCCGCCGGUAACCGGCGCUGCCUUGUCUUCUUACUGAUUUGCCCCUGCGUUGGAGGCCUUGUACAUAGGGAGAACGGGGGGCACAACGGGGAUUUCGCCGCAUUUUCUCCUGCAGCUCGACGGUUUUAGUUCCUGCUGUCUGGUAGGAAUUAGGGGGAAUUUUUCCUCUUUUUUCAUCUUCUCCCUCCCGUGUUUUUGGGUGCUCGUCUAGAUCUAGCUCUGGCAGCCUGGCUCCUAGCUCUAGUGGUGGUUGUAAUGGAGUGGUAGUGGAAGUGGGAGCACCUGCCUUGUUGUUUCUCCUAGGGGUUUUGAGAUCUUAACAAUACAAUGUAGUAAGCCGCAAGGUUGCUGAUCUCGUGACUGAGACCGAGGAAAUUCCCAGUGCAAAUUGCCACAAAUUCUCUUGUCAUGUUCCAAGAUCCGGAGAAUGGAGAUGCACUGUAACGUACAAUACUGUGUUUUUCGAAAGAUUUAUGAAAUCCUCUUGUGCUACA